GUGCAAUAGUCUAACCAGACACCUGUCAGUGUCCAAAACACGAACAUGAAUGUAGUUGUUUCGUUGAAUUUGAGRAGUAAACACAUCUGACAAGCAAAUGUCAACCUUUCAUAGGGAAAAUGAAGCCGCCAAAUUUAUUUUCCGAAGAUUUGAGGUUGGAUUAGAUAUAGAAAACUGUCCUGUGAUAGCUUGUAGUCGUAGGUAAUGCACUUGACCUAAACACUAGUUUGCUGUGUUAGCUAGUCAAGUGCCUCGAACUGUCGUUUUGUAAUGCUUUUGUGAAAGACGAUUUAGCAGCCGUCCUGUGAAACUAUGGUUGCUAAAAUGUGUUCUGCCACCAUGUCAAGUCCGCAGUUACUCCCCGGGUAUCAGGGGAGUACGGUCACCGAGACAGAUCGGGAUCUAGAGCGGGCAUGGCAACCAGCAGGGUCUCCUUCUCGCAAUACCGUCUGGAAGCGGARAUCGACCGCUACAGAGCAGAGUGCCAGUGGGACAAGAUACCCCCUAUCGUAGAGCAACUAGUGGCCGCACGAUUUCACGAAGACGAUGACUACGGGAUGCUGUUAUUGGCCGAGGCCCUUCUGGAGGAGUGUCUACAUGACAACCUGAGUCUUUUACGCAAUGCCACUCCUUUGACGGACAUCAACCAGCCCAAACUGUCCCGGUCCAAGGGCUACCUCAACUCCAUCCUGAGCAGGGGACGGCUGGUGCCCAGGCACCUGAACGAGGCUCUUCUCCUGAUGGCCAAAAUACACUAUGUCCAGGGCUGUUACCAUGACGCACAGGGCAUGUGUGCAAGGGUGGGUAUAGACGAGCUGACGGGGGAUGAGCAGCCCCUCUACCACCUGCGUCUGCUCGCAGAGGCCUUUGUCAUCAAAG